CGAGGAUAUAUAUAAAGCGGAGAAGAUUGAAAGUCUGUAGUUACCCCAAAGAUUUGAUUUCAAAAGCAAAAAAGGAAGAACACAGGAAUAAGAGAUCGUAAGGGUUUUCAAUGAAGCUUGGUCUCGAUUAAGAAAGAUAGAUCAACUUUCCUCAUGGCGCCAACAAGAAAGUCUAGAAGUGUAAAUAGGCGGUAUUCCGACUAUGUAGAGGUCUCUCCCAGUAAAAAUGUUGCCAAUAAAUCCGGACGGCAGAAGAGGAAGCUUUCUGACAUGUUAGGAUCUCCAUGGACUGAUGAAGAGGUUGAGCGCUUCUAUAAAGCUUAUAGAAAAUAUGGAAAAGACUGGAAGAAGGUGGCUGCAAUGGUGCGCACCAGAAACUCUGAAAUGGUUGAAGCCCUUUACACAAUGAAUAGGGCAUAUUUAUCCUUGCCAGAGGGAACAGCUUCUGUGGUUGGGUUCAUUGCAAUGGUAUCUGAUCAUUAUAAUGCCAUGGAAGGAAGUGAUAAUGAUCAAGAAAGCCAUGAUAUUCCAAAACCAAUUCACAAGCCUAAAAAACGUAGCCAUGGAUUGCUUCAACAAAAUGGUGGUGAAGAACAAUUACAUUCCAGAUUAGUUGUUGGCUCAAGUGGUAGGAGUUUGCCACAACUGAAGAGAAGGGAAUCUGAUGGAUGCACUGUUAGGAAAAGGACACCCCGUUUCCCUAUAAAUCAUUCAUCUAGAAGAGACAACAACAACAUUGGAAAUUAUCCCUCACCUUACAAAAGAAGUCAAAGGAGAGAGGUUGAUGACGUGGCACAUGGUGCUGCAUUGGCACUAACUGAAGCUUCACAAAGAGGAGGCUCUCCACAUGUUUCUCAAUCCCCAUACCACAUGAAGUCCACUCCUUUGAAGGGCAGACAAAAAAUUUUGGAUACAGUGAGAACAAAGCGUCAUGGUAAUUUGAUUGAUGAAGAAUUAUUUGAGGGUAGUUCGGGAAGUGGAGGAGCUGAAAAUGAAGGGUACCAGAAAGGGAGAAAGUUUUAUGGGCAAAAAGACGAUAAUGACCUUGAUGAUGGUGGGGAAGCGUGUAGUGGCACAGGAGAAGGACUUGCUGUUGGUGUGGGUGGGAAAUUUGAUGAAAAUAUUGAACACUCAUCACAGGGUAAAAGAAAAAAGAACAAGAAACUUCUCUUCAGAGAUGAAACUUCUGCAUUGGAUGCACUACAAACAUUGGCUGACUUGUCAUUGAUGAUACAAUCAUCAAAAGGCGAUGAUUCACCUGUAUUAAAAGAGGAUAAGCCAGCAACGGGUACAAAUGACAACAAUGCCCCUGGAAGACCUGGUUCUACAAGCAACCGGAGACACAAAACUAAAGUGUCAGUUGAGAAAGAGAAAGUAGCAAAUGAGUUCCCUAGAGGUGAAUCUUCUAAAUCAGGAAAGUCAAAACCAGGAAGGGAAGUAAAAGUUGAUUACAAGGCUUUAUCUGAAGGAAAACAGAAAAGAAAAAACAAGUCCACAUCUUUUGAAGUUUUCAUUGAAGAAGAAAAGCCUACAGAUAAACUCUUACAUUCCAAUUCCAAUGCCAAUGCCAAUGUCAAUGCUCCUUUGAAAAAUAGUAAAUCCACAAGACUUGUGGAGUAUUCUUCUUCAAAUAGCAACACUUCAAGAACAGGUGCUGACUCAGCAGUAUCAACAGCAGUGGUUCCAGCUUCUGAUGGAGUGGAAUUACCAUCCAAAAGACGAAAGAAACGUAAAAUGGAUCGAAAUAUAAUAUCAAAAACUGGAGAAAUGAAGUUGAAUACAAAGUCUGAAACCCUAGAAGGGGCAAACAACUUGAAGGAAAAGGCUUUUCAUUGCCUCUCAUCAUCUAUGGUGCGAAGAUGGUGUACUUAUGAGUGGUUCUAUAGUGCAAUUGACUAUCCAUGGUUUGCUAAAAGAGAAUUUGUGGAGUAUUUAAACCAUGUUGGAUUAGGGCAUAUUCCAAGAUUAACCAAUGUUGAAUGGGGUGUUAUAAGAAGUUCUUUGGGGAAGCCUAGAAGGUUCUCGGAAAAUUUCUUGCGUGAAGAAAGGGGAAAACUUUGGCAAUAUCGGGAAUCAGUACGUGAACAUUACACCGAGCUUCGAAGUGGGGCCCGGGAAGGACUACCAACUGACCUGGCAAGACCUUUGUCAGUUGGUCAACGUGUGAUUGCUCUUCAUCCAGAAUUAAGAGAAGUUCAUGAUGGAAGUGUGUUAACUGUUGAUAAUGAUAAAUGUAGGGUUCAGUUUGAUCGACCUGAGUUAGGUGUUGCUUUUGUCAAGGAUGUUGAUUGUAUGCCUUUGAAUCUGUUGGAUAACAUGCCCGAAGCUCUGAGGAGAGAGAUGAGUGCCCUUUAUAGAUUUUCCAUGAUUUCUGGAGAGCCAAGGUUGCCACAUCAUCAUUUGGUGCAUACUUCGAGUGAGCAUUUCGAACCGGGUCCUACUAUUGCUUUGAUGAAUCAUCGACUGGGACAAAAUGGGUCUGGUGCACCUCUUAAAGCUGCAGACAAUGUUGUUAUCUCACAGCAUCAGCAUGCAGCAGCCUCUCAAAUUCAGGCAAGAGAAACCGAUAUACAUGCACUUUCUGAGCUUACUCGUGCUCUUGAUAAAAAGGAAGCAAUAUUGAAGGAGCUUAAGCUUGUAAAUGACAGCUUAUCAAGUCACAAAAACGAGACAGGUGUCGCCAUGAACGUAUCCGAAAGCUUCAAAAAGGAAUACGCAAUGGUCCUAUUACAGCUCAAAGAAGCCAGUGAUCAGGUUGCUUCUGCUCUUGCAAAUUUGAGGCGACGCAACACAUACCCAGGAAUCCCGAUGCCUACGUGGCAAAAACCUAAUCCCAAUUCCGGACCUGUUGUGGACCCCACGACUUCUAAUCACGACAACAACUUUCCUUCCAGUAAUCAAUUGGCACCUAAUGUGAUUGAAAUUUUGAAAAGUUCAAGAAACGAAGCACAUAAACUUGUACAUACUGCUUUGCAGGGAAUGUCUAAAAUAAAGGAGGAGCAUAAUAAUAAUGUUAGGUCAAGUGUGGUAGCGGUUUUGGAUUGUCUUGGUGUGGGAAAAAACCCGAGUGAACAUGUGUCAUCAUCAUCAUCUAUCAGAUCUUCAGAGCAAUCGAAUGGGAACAUAUAUAAUAAUAAGCGUGUAACGAAUGAAACUGAAGCGAAAAUCCCGUUUGAUCUUAUCGUGUCUUGUGUUGCUACGUAUCACAUGAUACAGAGUUGUACAGAGAGACAAUACCCACCAGGUGAUGUGGUGCAGAUGCUGGAUUCAGCUUUUAGAAAUUUGCAUCCACAAAGCCCUCAAAACCUUGGGAUAUUUAGAGAGAUUGAAAUGUGCAUGGGAAGAGUUAAAACGCAGAUCCUUGCUCUCGUUCCUUCUUAGCCAACCCAAUCCAAUUUUGGACUUGUGUAUCUGGUUAUCAAUUUGCUAUUAUUAUUAAAUAUUAUAAAAUAUUAUUACUACACCCAUUCUGUUUCUCUAGCUAAUAAUUACUUCUUGUUUAUACAGAAGAAGCCAAGUUCUGGAUAUAUGUGUUAACAACUUGUGCUUUAAUUUAGCCACACUUGCUAAAUUCCUAAUCUACAAUGUAGCAAAUCAUAUAUCUUUGUUUU